AUGGCAUAUGCUUCAGACCUUUUCAAAUGGUUGCAACGGAAGAAAUACCAAUAUGAAGUCACCUUCUCCUUGUACAUGCUAACGCCGACCGAAAAAUUUGUUUUCAGUAUACAAGCUACUCUCCUUAUGUUGACUCAGUUGCUUCAUUCGCUGACCAAUUCUCUAGACUCCUUCCUCAUUCUUUUCCUCUCGAUGAUAAUCAUUGCUGCCUCCCUCUAUCUCCCCGAGCAUGUCACGACUGUCUUCAGAAGGGCCUGGUUUUACUAUGCUGGAGAUGAUGCAGCAGCCGCCCGGAGGGGGUCAGCAACAGGAGCACCAGUGGCUAGCACAGCACCGGCAGCCGUGGAAGCAAGAAGACCGAAAGGACCAGGAUCUGGUCUACCAGGGUCGGACGUAUUGGAGAUGCUUGAGCCCGCAGAUGUAGAUCUCGUGGAGAGGACUGUGACAAAUAUAAUGCCAGCACUGUUGUUACGUGACAUGUAUUUAUUUACGCGGUCAUUUGUCACGUAUUCACGUAUUGCCGUAGAUCGACUACAACACCUUGCGUAA